GCCUUUUAUAAACAAUCGAUAUCUCUGUGACCUCUUUGGCCUCGUGGACUUGGACACUGAGAAUGUUCUGGUUCAAGAACAGCUUCAGAAUUACUUGAAGGUCCUAUUUGAGCGAGGCGUCACUAUGUUGCGCAUUGACGCUGCGAUGCACGUCUAUCCAGAGAGUUUGAUUGCCAUUGUGUCUGGUGUGCCCUUCGACUAUAUUGUGCAGGAGUACUACCCCGAAGCAUCGUUUGCAAAGAGUCUUCCAAAAGCCGGCAUGGUUGGGCACUUCACGAACUUUCAAUUUGGAGAUUCCGUUGGGCAGGUCCUGUUUGACGAUUGGCUCGACAGCGGAGAGUGGCAAGAUUCGACAAAACGCUUCGGCGAUUUGCUUCACAUUGGAUUUCCAUCGCCCGAUUGCGAGUACAGCCUUUGCCAAAUGAUUUAUCCACCAGAACUGGCACUCCUGUUUUUGGACAAUCAUGAUCAACAACGGGAGCGCUGGAAGACAGAGAAGGGUGGACCGCCAGAUUCUCCCAUGUGCCGUGGGAAUCUCAGGAAAGUGGAUAUUGCCGGCCUAUCUACAAGCAUGGACUCUCCUACAACCUCGCUCAACUCUUUAUGCUGGCUUGGCCCUAUGGAGACGGAGUGCGUAUCAUGUCAUCAUAUGCCUUUGACGAGUUUCACCAGGGCCCACCGGGUGUGA